AUGGUGAAGUCUCCGGGAACUUCUCCGGAUAGGAAGAAGGCCAAGAUCGACGUUUAUCCGAUGGUGGUGAAGGAUCCACAGGCUCGUGAAAUAAAUGCGGCCCAUCUCUUGAGCUACACAACAGCUCUUUCAGGAUUUGAAAUUCCGACAGAGGUUUUCAAAUCGUUGAUUUUCUAUUUUUAUCUUAUUUUUCUUCAGGAUCAACUUGCAACCGUCGAUGGUGAUUGCUUCCGACAUCAUCCAAACGAAGAAGUGGAACAGUAUUUCAGAGCAAGUGCCCAGUGGGGAGUUCCGGCGAUUGCAUGGAAUAUUGUUCGACCAGCGUUUCUUUGGAAGCUCGAGGUUUCAACACUUUCCUUUUUGCACAUGUUUAUUGAUUCAUUUCAGUUCUGUAUCACUGAAUUCAUGCACGUGGAGAAGGUAAAGAAGGUUGAAGCAGCGAAGUUGGCUGAUCCUAUUAAUGAGAACGAGAAAGCCGAGAAAGACACUCCAGCCAAAGAGAAAAUGUCUAUUUUAGGCCACAAGAUAAAUCUCAUCAAAACCACUCCAGUUGUUUUCAACACUGAAGAGUCGAUGGAAUUCGUGCUUGAUAAGGCAAAAGGCUUCGAUGGGUUCCCAUUCACAUGGCAGAGACUCUGCGAGUUGUUCACCGAACCAAUGAAGCACUACAACACAAUUGACAAGUUCUUGAGAGCUAUUGAAAAGGUCAUCAACGUCGUCACAACAAUCAAUGAGCAUGGUGCACGUUCAUUCGGAGAUUGGGACGUCCCACACUCUCAUCAACAAAACUUGGAAAAUCUAUUUUUCGGCGCUGUGGAUGAAGUGGAAAUGAUGGAUCUGGAGAAGCUGAAGCAUGAAAACGAGGAGCCAUUGGAUAUGAGUCAAAAAUCGAUGCCAGCUCCACGUGCUCCUCCUCGUUCUCCAUCUUCAUCUCCAAAAGCCAUGUCUCCAGGCACUUCACCGAAGGCGAUCUCACCAGUUUCAUCUCCAAAAGCUGGCUUAACGGCUACUCAAAAUCAAAGUCCAAAGAAGGAGGAGCCAAAGGAAGUGGAGGCCAAAGAAGAAUUGAAGGAUGAAUCCAAAGAAGGUGCGAAGAAUGACGUCAAGGAAAAGGACGGAGCUACAGAGCCAAAAGAAGAGCCGAUGGAAAUGUCAAAGGAUGAUCAGAAAGAAGAGUCGAAGGAAACCCAAAAACCAGAAGUAACAGAAGAAACGAAGGCCGAGGAGCCAAAAUCAGAGACCCCUGCUGUUUCCGAAGCCGCUGAUGAGGAAAUGCCAGAGCACCCGGACGAAAAAGUAAAUAAAGACGAAGAAAUGGAGUACACACCUGCCGCGGCCAUAUAA